AUGCAUGCGGCUCGUGAAGGGGUGGCGCUUGCUCUCUCACUUGGGAUUGCAUCUCUCAUCUUUGAAGGAGACACUGUUGUGGUGGUUGCAACCGUAAAGCGAGCAGGCCAGAAUUAUUCAAAUGUUGGUACCAUUGUUGAAGAUGUAAAGCAUCUACAUAAACAUAUUUCUGGCUCUCUUUUUCAAUUUACUCGUAAGGAAGCAAAUGAUGUUGCACACCAACUUGCUCGAUUUGGACACCCUAUUAAGUGA